ACCUUCCGCUGUCUCCUUCUUCCCUCUCAAUUUUUUUCAUUUAUCCAUUUAUUUUCUCAAAAGAUCCCCAGAUUUCCUCUGGAAAUUUGUGGGAUUCUAAUUUUCUCUCAUUUUCUAAUCUUUCCUUAAAUUCUAAAAAGAAAAAAAAAAGAAAAGAAAGCUCAAAAGCAAGAAAAAGGAAAAAAAAAAAAUCUAAUGGGGCAACAACAGUCAAAAGAUGAAUUACUGUAUCAGCAAGUGAGUUAUGGAAAUACUGAAGGGAUUAAAGCUCUUCGCAGGGAUGGCGCUGGCCUUGAGUGGCUUGAUAAGGAAGGGAAGACUCCGUUAAUUGCAGCUUGCAUGAACCCGGAGCUUUAUAAUGUUGCAAAGACCUUGGUUGAGUUGGGUGCCAACGUCAAUGCUUAUCGCCCUGGCCGUCAUGCAGGAACUCCUUUACAUCAUGCUGCAAAAAGAGGACUUGAACAAGCUGUCAAAUUACUUCUGUCUCAUGGAGCAAAUGCACUAGUGAUGAAUGAUGACUGUCAAACGCCACUUGAUGUUGCUAGAAGCAAAGGGUUCAGCAAUGUUGUCCGUGCAAUAGAGAGCCAUAUCUGCUUGUUCUCUGGUUCCAUGCGCGAGCUUUAUGGUCCAGGAUUUCUUGAACUACUUGCACCACAGUUACUGUCCAGAAAAGUCUGGGUGGUUGUUCUACCAUGUGGUUCCCGGAGUCUUAAGAAGCCUUUCAAGUUGGAGCUUGCCAUAUAUUCAAAUGCACAGGAUGCUCAACCUCGGACAAUUGUUGCUUUGUGGAAAGCCAAUAUGGAGGAACCUAACUUUAGCCAGUCUGAUCCAACGGUCAUCAUAACUGGCAAUGGCACUAUCCCAAGACGCUGGAGGAGGCGGCGAGGUAUUACAUACUCCCAAGUGGCUAGGAGGACACGCGUCAAACUUGCAGCUGCUAAUGAAAGAGACAAGCAACAGUUGCAGUGGUUUUGCAAUGCAUGCAAAGGAAUUCCGCAGGUUGUUCAUCCAGCAUUUCCUUUCAAUACUCAAGUUAAUGUUGCUCCAGCAACUGCCCCUCCGGAAGAUGUGGAAUUAGCUAUGGCAAUUGAUGCCUCCCUACAGUCUGCUAUGCGUCCACAUCUGGGUCCUCACCUGGUAUCUGGAGCAGAUGCAUCCACAAGUAGGACUAAUUCUGAAUGCAUCACGGCUAAUUGCGGAAGCUCCAUUUCUGGGACAGCUCCACUGCCGAAGGGAGAAAAGCUUGGAUAUAAAGACCAGGAAACCAGUGCUAGUGGAGUUGUGAUUCAUCACAGCCAGAUACAGAGUGACUCCUUAGGUGUCCAAUCAACAGUACAGAACUCUGUGCAAGCCUCCUUUCCAUCAGCUCCACCUGUUGCAGAUUCAGCUGUAGAUGAUGGCCCAAUUCACUACCCGUCAAUUGACGCUAGUCCUCUUGAUUUCUCUUCACCUCCUGUGGAGAGGGUAGAUGCUAAACCAGAGGAAAGAAAAGAUACAGGUGCUUCUUCCUCUUGUGUGAUAUGCUUGGAUGCGCCUAUUGAAGGAGCAUGUAUACCUUGUGGUCAUAUGGCUGGCUGCAUGUCUUGUCUAAGUGAAAUUAAAGCAAAAAAAUGGGGUUGCCCUGUUUGUCGUGCGAAGAUAGAUCAAGUUGUACGCCUAUAUGCUGUUUAACUGUUCAAGUGGGAUAUGUUCAUGCUGUAAAUGAUGGAAAGUAUGAGAUUGUAUGAGAGAGACGGUCAACUACUUUGAUGGAUCCUUGCCGUUAAAUUCCUGCUUCCUGUUACAGGAGAAGCAAAAUAAGAGACAAGUUAUGGUAUUAGAACUUCCAACGUUCUGAUACAUCUUUAUGUAAUAUAUUGGACUUAAAGCAGAUUUUGCGUUUUGUAUCUUACAUUGGUUGAUGUGGCAAAAGUCGGUGUAAAUGUGUCUGUGUAGGAAGAGUUAAUAUGAAAUACAAAUGUACUGUUGAUGUCCUUUUCUUCUAAUGUAAAGGUUCAGAACCAAAGUGGUUAUAUGUUACCCGAAGCUAAGUUUUUAUAUGUGCUUGAAGGCUGAUGUGGCUUCCCAACUUGGCUUUGGCCCAUCAUCUCAGAAAAGUAUGUAUUAUAUUGUAAACAUGAUUGGUUAGUAUGGAACUUGGAAAAAUUAGAGCCAAGCUUUUGGUUCUUGUUGUA